AGAAAGAGAGGCAGCUCAGAAAGCCAUUGAAGAAGCAAACACCCAAGAGACUACAAAACAGCAAUUACAGGCUUUGCUCGAAGCAUAUAAGCAGAGAGCAGAGAAGACAAAGCAACCUUAUACCCAUGCUCAGCCUGAAAAUGAUGAACUAACUAAAAGGCUUAAUGAGGAAGAGAAGAAAGCAAAACUUGCUCCAGCCAAAAAUGGUGAACUAACCAAAAAACUUGAAGAAGAAGAGAAGAAAGCAAAACAGCUUCAGGACUCUGUGCACAGGUUUGUCGCUGAUACCAUGAUAGACAACCAAAUUCCAGGAAUCCCUAAAAAUAAAAUUUUCCAUUCUAAAUCAUAGUUCUCCUAUCCUCAUCAUGUGUCUCUGUUCUCAAUUGGUAGCUAUCUGGACAGUUUCAACUAAAAGUUAGGGCUUGAAAUGCCAUGGUGAAUCUUCUGGUGCCAAAAUUUAAGUGGCAGCUUUUAGCAGUGAGCACUUCUUCUUGAAAGCAAGUUUUUCAACCCACAGCCUUGAAGAGAUGCUCUCCAAGUUGGAAACCGAGAAUCAAAAACUCCGUCAACAAAUCAUUCAGGUGCCUGGUUUUGUAAAAUUUAUUAUGGAUGUGAUCUUGGCCUCAACUCGGAAAAUCUUAGGGUCAAGGGAAGAAGAAAAUUGAAGAACAAAAAUUAAUUGCAAAGAAAAAAUUUCAAGGACAAGGUUCCCAGGAAGGAAACCUCAUUAAGAUUUGUAUUUAAUUAUUCUACUCUUUCCUGUUUUUAUUAUGACCACUUUCAAUAAAAUUCCAGAAUUAUUCAGAUAAUAAUAUAUUUAUUUGGUUCUAUAAACAUGCAUAAAUCAAAUUUAAAAAAAAAAAAAAAAGCAGAGUAAAAUUAAAUCAAACAAAAGACUGAGGAAGGAUCCAUGGAAAAUUUUCAUCCGAAUGCAGAGAGAUCGCGACUAACCUCUUUAGAAUGUGAAGAGUUUAAUUCCUGCAGAGAAUUUCCGAACCAGCAGCUUUUAAAGAAAAAAGCCUCCAAGGUAUCCACAAGAGCAGGCAUGAACAGGAACAGCCCCGAAAACCUCACCAAGUUCGGCAAUUGGGAGGAGAAGAUCUUGGCCACCAGUUGAGUGGUAGCUCUGGGAAUUGGUUUGAGGGAAACGGGAGAAAUUCCACAGCGUAAACUCAUCCCUUCCCUUCACUGCACUUUUCCAGUUCCUUUGAAGCCAAACAUUCCUAAAGAGUGAAAGCAGCUUUCCUCUUUCUUUUUCUUUUCUUUUUUUUUUUUUUCCGAAAUACAUUGUUAAGGCAUAC